UUUCUCCUAACGACCAUCGUACUACAUUAAUCAGUGCCGUGAAGUCAACUUCACUUGGAUGUUGACAUUAUAAUUGUAGUCUGACGAAUAUAAAUAUUGUUUUUCUUUGUUUUGGGUUUUGUUUUAAUUGAAGAAGUUCAGUUUUUUCUCUGGAUAUAUAAGCUAGCAAUUGAUCUAACAAGUGAUUCAAGUUUAGAAGGUUAGCAAGUGUCAACCUUGUGCUUCGAAGGAUUAGUAACAUAAGUUGACAUCAUAACAUCUUAAAAAUGGCAGAGGUCGAAGAAAAAGUGAUAAUGACUCCCAAGAGCAAAACAGCUAAUUCUACAGUAUUAAUAGUAGAGAGAAAAAUAGCGGAAGCAGAGCCUAGUGAUAAAAUACAUGUGGCUGGCGGUGACCAUACAGGAAUAAUAAUAAACAAGGAAAAAGUUUACGAAAAUGGAGUAACCGAACCUUGUCAGGCACAGCUAGAGUUCAGUGUGUAUUUGGUAUCAGCGAACACCGGUAGUCACACACGUGAAGCGAGAGGUUUAAAGUUCUGGUUCAAGCCGGAACUGUCUCUUGAUGAUUGCGCUCAUGAAGCACAAGCGUUCUUCCGAGAAUUGGUCAGUCCACAAGACUUCCCAAAAGAUUAUGUUGGGUUCAUCAAGAAGAUCAUUAAACUGAUGCAAAAUAAGUAUCACAAAUUGAAGCUUCUGGAAAUCGAACUCAGACAAGAAGGUGCAUGUGAUCCGCCUCCAGAAGCAAACGGUGAAAUAACGAGUAAGACAAUUAUAUACAAGUACUGUAACGGUUCUUUCAUUGAAGAUAAUCUCGCAAAUCAAACAUUAAUAUCUGAGCAGAGAGUGCUGGAUAUGAUAGAAAAUGCAUAUCCAAAUCCGUUAUCCGUGGAUCACUUUGUUGCUGCCGGCAAAUGGUCGAAGGCGGAUGUCAAGGACGCGCUGGAAUCGUUGGAGGAGAAGGGUCUGACGCGUCUCAUGUCCGACGGCGUGUACGUUAGGCAACACAGCAUCGACACUCAGGUUGUGAAACAAAUGCCAACCCUGAGUUCAGCCCGGCAGCCAACAAUCGCGAUAGUCACAGCCCUGUACUGUGAGAAACAAGCCGUUGAUGCCAUGAUGGAUAAUCAGGAAACAUAUGUCCGUUACACAACCGUGGGCGAAUCAAACGUCUAUACUUUGGGAACCAUUGGAAGUCAUAGAGUGGUGACCACUAAGCUACCAUCGGUUGGACGGACUAGAGAAGCUAUGACAGCAGCUGGGAAUAGUACCACAAGACUUUUAGGCAUCUUCCAAAAGGUUGAAUAUGUCUUGCUGGUGGGUGUGGGGGGAGGGGUUCCCCAUUACACUGAUUAUACGAAGCACGUCCGGCUCGGAGACGUCGUGGUUUCAACGCCAGCCCAAGAUCUACCGGACAAAUAUGUCUAUAUAUUUUGCGAGAAGGCUCAACGUAACGAUAAAGGCGGCUGGGACUAUGAGGUUAAACCAUACAAGCCCGCUGACUAUUUACUACAGAAUAUAGCGCUCCGUCUAGCGCAGAGUAACGCCGAGUGGAGCAACUAUGUUGUUGAGGGUCUGAAUCGUCUGAAGGGUGUCCCCGGUCGCUGGGAUCCCCCAGAGGGCGCCACCGACCGUCUCUGUGUGGACGUCGGGGGCGGGGCCUUCAUAGAGGUGGCGCACCCUUCGCCUCAAGGAGAUGCCAUGCGCGCCGCUCGUAUACACUGCGCCCCUGUAGCGGGGGGGCGAGCGGUAGCGGCCGCAGGGGAGGCGCGGGCUGCGUUCGCUUCACACGCCAGGGCCCUGGCCUAUGACUGCGAGUUAGACGCGGUGUUGGAUAGCGUCGUGGGCAAUAGGAAGGACUGCUUUAUAUCUAUUCGAGGUAUAUCUGACUACCGAGACGGUACGCGAGGUAAGGAGUGGCAACCUCACGCAGCGCUGGCUGCUGCAGCUGUUAUGAAGUCCAUCAUAACAGCCAUGGAUCCGCCCGAGGAAUGUCACUAAAUAAAUCAACGAGCAAACGCCUACACAAAAAUGAGAGCAAUCUGCAAUUAUAAUUACUUAACAGAGGCUGGUUUUGAUGUAGUUGUAAAAAUUAUUAUUGGCCCUAGUAAUUUUUUUUAUGAUGACACGUCACUUAUCAUUGGCUGAUAAUACUUUUGUAUUACGAAAUAUCUGAUUUUAAAUUUAUUUUUUGGCUUGAAUAGUUUUGAAUUUGUCUUCAUGAUUGUAUGAAACAAUGCUUAGUCUUUUUCUCUUUGAGAUCCCAAAACUUUUUAGAUCUUGUUAGAUUUAUCUGGAACCGUUGACAUUAUUUGACAAGUUUUUUGACAUUAUAUUUGUAGAUUAGUAGAAAUAUAGAUGACAUUACAGGUUAACUUGCCUUACUCCCUUAUAGAUGUAGAAUAAAAAAUUAUUUAUACAUUAUUUAAAUGUAGUUAUAGAUAUACAUAUUCAAUGUUAUAAAAUUUAUUAAUGUUGUAUUUACCAUUUAUUUCAGAUGUCCGGCAUAUUUGAUAUGCUCGGGGCAUUAACUUUUGUAUUGUAACAAUUUCAGUGUUUAAAAAACUAUAAUUACUGUAUGUUUUGUUAGUUAUAUGUAUGAAAGGCCUUAAACAGUCAUCCGACUUAAACGUUUUGAAACAUGUGUGCUAUUGAAAUACAGUUACCAAAGUUUAAAUUCGAAGUUUAGGAAUCACAACAAAAAAGUUUGUAUUAUAAAUAAUUUUUGUGUCAGAGUGAGAGAAAACAUAUUGUUGUCUUCCUCAUUUUCGGUUAGUGGAAUAUAUAAUUUCCUAAAUUUUAUGUUCCUUCAGUGUCACAUCCCGAGUUCCUUAACUGGUCUACUUAUUACAUAUAUAUACUAUACAAUAGUUAACAUUUUCUACUAGUUUUUUCUCGUGUUUUAUAUGUAGGUGUAGUUAGUUAUUUAAUGUGGUUAUCUAUACAAAUAACAUUUCACUGCCGACGUGUGGCCUAUUUAUUAUAUAUUGUACGCAUUGAAUGUUGUGAAGAACCAAAGUUUAGAUCGGCUGUUUGGAACAGGUCUAGUCACCUGAGUUGUUACAUUUAUUUAUAACUCAUAGAAAAUAUUAGAUGAUUAAAAAAUGUCAUAUUAAUUUAUUAUAACUUUUUUUUUAUGAUAAAUGAUAAAAUAUAUUGUUUUUAUAUAAAACAACGCGUUCAUCUGCUUUAUAGCUUUCUUUAGUCGGAACAGAUUAGAAAAUGGUUUAUUUAUAAAUGCAAGUGUUAUUACAGCAUUACAUCAUACAUUUCACAUCACUUCUAGAUAUAUUACAAAGAAUCCUUCCUGUAAAUUAUUUCAUUAAUAUAAUAAGUUGAUUUGUUUAUCAUCUCUAGUUAAGUCUGUUGUAUUAUUUUAUUAUCGAGCAUAACUGUAUUUUUUUUUUCAUAAUCGCACAUUAUAAAUGAUUAGCAAAUUA